AUGACACGCAAGAGCACGACCAUCCGCACGUUGCUCGCUUCCGUCUCAGGCGUCGCCCUUGCAGUAGUCGCCAAGGCCCACGAGUACUUUACCGGCGAUGGCACCGCCUACACGUUGGGCCAGUCAAGUGCUGGCAACUGCAACAUGAUGUCGGCACUUGACUUUGCCGGGACGGACUACGCCGCGUUGAACAACGAGCAGUGGGACGGCCUGCAGAACUGCGGCCGCUGUGCUGAGGUCUCGUGCGCUGAUCAUCGGUGUCUCGACCAGUCCAAGUCCAUCGUCGUGCAAAUCCUCGACCGCUGUCCAGAGUGUAAGCACGGCGACCUCGACCUGUCGCCAACGGUCUUUACCGCUCUGACGGGGAUGACGCCGUCGCGGUACAAAGUCAAGUGGAAGUUUGUCGACUGCCCCGUGUCGGGCAACGUCAACUAUUGUCUAAAAGGCGGCAGCAAUACCUUCUGGACAGCAGUGCAGCCGACGAACGUCGCCACGGGUGUCACGAGUCUGAAGAUCAACGGGCACGACACGGUCAUGCUCGACUCUGCCUACUACUACGUCCUCGACGGAGCCAGUGAGGCGCAGACGCAGCUCACGGACAUGACCAUCUCCUUGACGGACAUCAAUGGCAAUUCGAUCGAAGACAUUGUGACCCUCACGGCCGACGCGUGCACGGAAGGCGCGGCCCAGUUCCCAUUCGGUAGUCCACAGGGAUCGCCUGGGCCGGCCAUCGUGCCGACCAUCAGUCCACUACUGCCGCCGAUUGAGCUCACGACGGCUCCGUACGUGCAAGUUCCCGUCAUAUCACUGACCACGGCACCGACUCCAACGCCGAUGCCCAUCACGCCGACAUUGCCAGCAACAACGACCACUACUCCUGACAGUGCAACACAAGAGCAGCAAACGGUUAAGCUUACUGGAUCGACUCCUGUGUCCGAAGUGACAGCUCCUCAUCCACCGGUGUUACCUGUUCCAGCCUACGCUCCUCCAGCAACCCCUUCGUACGCGAUCGCUUCUCCACCGGCUCCACCUUCUGUUGCAUCUUUGCUAACCACUCCGCUUGGGACUGCGGUGCACCCCAUUGCAUCAGCAUUACGAACCGAACCGGAGCCAAGUACUGCAAGUACUAACGGCAACGCGAUCAAACCUACUCAGCAAUUCACUAUCGCAGCCAGCGUAGCUGGAACACCGUCAGCGGUGAAAAGGCCAAUGUCCGGGACUCGAGACGGUAUCUUCCGCAUUGCAACCGACAGGAACGGAGCCCAGCAACGAAGUCGGCUGCCCUCUCGUCGACCUCGAAGUCCACUGACAAUCGCGCAGCGAACGGGUAAAGGUCGAGCUGCGGACACUAGCGAUGCAACUCAGGCGGUAAAGACUCAGUCUUCGACGCCAUCGAAUGAGACUGACCCGGUGAUCAUUAUUCUAUCGGCACUAGGCGCUGUGGCUCUGGUGGCGCUCAUUGCAACGGUGACGGUGGCCAAGAAGAAGAAAGUCGCAGAGCAAAAGGCGCGCGACGUCGAGGUGCCGUCUAUGAUAAGUGCCCAGUCCUGUGACGCUCAGAAUAGUCCAACUGAUGCUAGACAUGUCUUUGUUGCGCACUCGAAUGGUCGCAGUUGA